AUGCGCCUGAUAUCUUUGGAAGUGGCUGCAUUUAUUGUACUACGCUCCACAAAACCUGCCAAUAUAGCCGACGCAGCAAAUAAGGCGGAGCAUGCAGCGCUGUGCAAUUUUAUUUCGAUGGCUGGGAGAGUCAUAGCGGUACCAACGGUCCAGCCACUAGACACCGAAAACUACGCCUAUAUUCAGCAAUUAAACUUCGCGCUCGGCGACCAGCAAUGGCAAGAAAAGUUCUACAAAAAUUCCGACAGGAAAGGAGUCAAAGAUACAGCAGCCGAGGCCGGCAUAACAGGUGAGGGAGCAGCCGACAUGUGGGCAGACCUAAAAAAAGCGGCGGAAGCCUUGAAAAGUGAUAGCCAAAAUCCACUACUCAAGGAAUUAGAGGAAAUGAAGCUAACAGCAGCGGCCAGGCGACUGGCAAAGGCCGAGCUGGAGAGUCUGACAAAUGAGUCAAGGGAGAUAAAAAAGAUGUAUCCGGAUCCACCCAAAAAUGUCGACUACGAAAAUAACAAUCCCAAAAGCAAAUUACUAGCAGCAUUACUGGGCGCAGGCAACGCAGACGUAGGGACAGCGACAGGUCAAAAGGCAGUCGGGGCAGCAGCAACUGCAACACGUCAAGCCACCUGUACAGCAGGCGAAAAAACAACGGCGAGGCCUGCAAGUGCUUUGGCAAUGUUAGCUUGCGUAUGUCAAAGCUCGGGCACGGCAGUGACAAACUUUAUUUGCACAGAGAAAGCCAAGGAUUCAAAUGCAUGGACGGGCAACGCAUACCCACACGACACCGGGCUACGGCAUAUCGGCAAAUCAUGCCCAAAAGCGAGAGACGAUCCAGUCACAACGACGGAGUUAGAAACGGCCCUAAACAAUUUGCUAGCACUAAUUCACACAGACGGAACGCACGAAUACCUUGGAGCAUACGUACAGACUGGCUGCGAUGGCACCUCACCAAAUGGCAUCUGUGUGCAGUUUCCAGACCUAGCGACCAGCGCUCCUGAAGUCGCCACGAGAGACACAUGGCUGGCGACCGUCGCGGAAAUAAUACAAAAUCUAAAGAUCCUUGAAAACAACCAGGCAAAGGCAGAAUACGUAAACAACCAAAUAAAAGACAAAAAACACCGAGCACUCGCAGCAUUAAGGCGAAGCAAAGCUAUUGCCGGGGCCAUUCAAGUUCCAACACCACAAACCGCACAGAAACCAAAAAUUGGCGUAAAUACUCGAUGCGAGGCACACAACAAGUCGAAAGCAGCAUGCUUAGGAGCUAAAUGUAAAUGGGGAGGGCAAAAGGAUGAUGACGGCCCAUGCAGUCCCAGCGAAGAACAAGCUGCAGAAGAGGAAAAAGAAACAGCUGGAGAAGCAGUAACAGGAACAGCAACAGAGAAAUGCAAAGGGAAACUAGAACCCGAAUGCACAAAGGCUCCUGAAUUCAAAUGGGAAAAUAGUGCUUGCAAAGAUUCCAUUUUUCUCGUCAAUAAGAAAUUUGCUCUGAGUAUGGAUGCUGCUUUUCUGAGUUUGGUAGUAUUUAGGUAUUUUAUAAUUCUAGCAUUUUAA